UGACGUGCCCAAAAUAUUGUGUCGCGUGCCAUUGGUUCGCCGUUCCUGACCUAGAUGAAUGUCUCCGACUUCCAUAUUCCAGACGACAACGUCUAUAAAUGUUACAAACGCUUUGAGCAUACAAAUUUUAUUAAAACGUCUUAACGAAUCGGAACAUGAAGUAAAUGCAUCGUAUAAUAAAUUUUUAAUUUUACAAGAUAUGGUAUGGAGAAAAAGGGAAAAAGCGACAGAACUCAAAUCGAAAUCCGAAUUAAACAUUAAAGUUAAAAGCAGUACAGAUCAUCUUAAAGAAAUAGGUGGUAAGAACUCUUAUACAACGAUUGGUAAAAUAACUUGCGAUAAAAGUGUUAAAAAUCGGCUUUUGAGAUACAACAAUCUAGUUACAAACAUUGGGAACUUUAAUUCAAAUUCGAACGAAAAGCUUAAAUUGUUUCAGGAUUUACAAAAGCAAAACGAAUUAGAGAUGUUUACUAAAAUGCAAUCACAAAUUAUUUAUAAUUUUUCGAAAACAUUCAAUUAUUAAAUCACCAUAACAACAUAAAGUAUUGAUCAAACUUCACCCGAACUGUCAAGUUUUUUUCGAAAUAUAUUAAUUCAAUUCAGUUAAAUGGAAACUACAUAUAUAUAUCAGAAAAAACGUAGUGAAUUCGGCCGACAGUGUUUGUUUUCGGAUAAGGGACCUGAUUUAAUUGACAAUUAUCCUUCAAAUAGACGAUAUCUUCAUGAAUAUAUACUUCAAGAUCCUGUGGAACGAGGCACCCAACUCAGUACACAAUAUGCCGUGCAUGAGCUUAAUACUGAUAGAGCCACUUACGUUAACAGCGGAAUGUGCCACGUCGAAGGCGGAUGGCCUAAAGAUGUUAACGUCAAUGACGAGGAACAAACAAAAAGAUACCGGAGAAAGAUCGAAAAGGACGAAACAUACACGGUUACUUUAAUACAAUUAUGUAAAAAUAUGGAAAAUUGCAUCUUACAGAAUAAUGCCAUCAAUAUCUAUCAACAGUACUAUACAGACGUUGAACCAACUCCGUUGGUUGAAAAAAAUUCCGCCAGAACUGUUAAUGUUUAUCAAGAUCAGUACAAUAUAACGAGACCUAUUACAAAUAUUUCUUGGUCAUCGGAUAGCGGAACUAAAAUGGCGACUUGUUAUUGUAACCUAAAGUAUCAAGCUGAUAUUUCUCAAGAAAGCAAAAAUGCAUUAAUUUGGGAAGUUGAAAAUCCAAACGUACCGUUAUUAACAUUAAAACCCUCAGCGAAUGCGAUUUGCCUCGAAUACAACCCUAAAGAUGUAAACACGUUAAUAAGCGGUCAUAUAAACGGUCAAGUCGGAGUUUGGGACCUGCGGAAAGGUUGCGAACCUAUAGAUAUGACCGUAAUGGAAGUUGGUUUUCGUGAUCCGGUUCAUAGCGCAUUAUGGAUAGCGUCAAAGUCAGGUUAUGAGUUUUAUACCGGGUCAACUGAUGGUCAAGUGAAAUGGUGGGAUUUGCGUAAAUUGAAUGAACCGUUAGAAACUUUAAUUUUGGAUUUGAGUAAUCUUCAUCAUCAAGUGAUUUCACACGCUUAUAGCGCCAUCCGCCUUGAAUACGAGAUGACAAUGCCCACAAGAUUUAUGGUAGGCACUGAAGAAGGCUUCAUCGUGGCGGGAAAUCGUAAGGGUAAAACACCGCAAGAGAAACUCACUGGCAAGUACCAAGCUCAUUUAGGGCCGGUUAUGGGAUUGGAAAGAAAUCCGAUGUAUGCUAAAAACUUUUUAUCGGUUGGAGAUUGGACGGCGAGAAUCUGGUCAGAAGAGUGCAGGGAAAGUUGUAUUAUGUGGACGAACUACCAUAAAGCUAUGUUAACUGAUUGUGCUUGGAGUCCUACAAGAUUCUCUGUUUAUUUUACAACACGUUCAGAUGGUGUUUUGGACGUUUGGGAUAUAUUACAACAACAAAAACACGCCUGUAUAGGAGUUAAAAUUUGCGAUGAUGCGUUAACAAAAAUAAGAACCCAUGAAGCCGGUCGAUUAGUUGCUGUUGGGAGUCAAAAAGGAACCAUUUAUUUGGUGGAAUUUAGCGAAAAUUUAUCUUUUUCAACUAAAAAUGAUAAGGCCUUAUUAACAGCUAUGUUUGAAAGAGAAACAAAACGAGAGAAAAUAUUAGAAGGUCGUAACAGAGAACUUCGAUUGAAAUUAAAAGCUAAGGCUGAAAAAGGUGACGAAAUUGAAAAAGAACCAUCUUGGUCUCCGCUUAUAUUCGUUGAUCAUCAUGUUAUGGAAGCUGAAGCUGACUUUUUGAAUACAAUUGACUCGAUUUUACAUCCAGUAGUAGAAGAAGAAAAAAAAGCGGAAGAGACAUGAAGUUACCCUUAUCUGGAAAUAGAAUUACACAUAUUUUUAAAUAUUUUCUGUAUACCUGCAUUAUAAAUCGGUUUAUUAAAUAUUCUUUUGAA